AGACAGAUACCGUGGGCCACCAACAUUGAAUGGGAUCAAUGUUAUGAUCCUGCAGAAAUGCUGAAUAGAGAGAUCACAGAAUUUUAUAGAUACAUGUCCCCAACAAGAGAAGAAUACGAAGUACGAUUGUUGAUUAUCGAGAGUAUCACAAGAGCUGUAAAGUAUAAAUGGCCUGAAGCUACCGUGACGCCUUUUGGAUCAUGGCAAACUCAACUAUACCUUCCUCAAGGUGACAUAGACUUGGUAGUCACACAUCCAACACUUACAGAACAUAACAAGAAAAACCUUCUCAACGAUCUCGCACGUACAAUGCGCUACGCCAUGAUCACCGAUAACGUUGUCGUCAUUUCCAAAGCUAGAGUUCCUAUCAUCAAAUUCGUCACUAAACAUGGCAAGCUUAAUGUGGAUAUCUCGCUUAAUCAGGUCAACGGUAUAUCAGCCGGAAAGAUCAUAAACCAAUACCUCGACGUGAUUCCAGGGGCGAGACAACUCAUCUUGGUCGUAAAGGCAUUUUUGAGCCAGCGUUCGAUGAAUGAGGUGUAUACAGGUGGAUUGGGAAGUUAUUCUGUUAUUUGUCUGGUCAUCAGUUUUCUUCAAAUUCACCCCAAAAUACGUCGGUCGGAACUUGAUGCGGAGGAAAACCUAGGCACAUUGCUCAUCGAAUUUUUCGAGCUGUACGGACGUAAUUUCAAUUAUGAGACAGUGGGUAUAUCCAUCCGUCGUGGAGGGUCAUAUUUCACCAAACGAUCGAGAGGAUGGUUCAAACAUGAACGUCCUUUCCUUUUAUGUAUCGAAGAUCCACAGGAUCGAGAUAAUGAUAUAUCUGGAGGUUCCUACGACGUACGAAAUGUGAAAGCCACUCUGGCAGGUGCCUAUGAACUCCUACAGGCCAAAUUGUUUGAAAGAGCC